AUUGCACCCAGGUUGUUGCUGAACAGUUGACACGAGAGGAGGCAGGGAGGUCGGGGUCAUUUCCCAAUUGUCGCCCGACCCGUGGUCUGCGCGGCUUCAUCCACACUUGACCAUCUCCCAGGAACCCUGCAGUCGACUCAACACGAUGCAGAACACAUCAGGAAUCCUGCCCAGCGCUUCCAGCACCGCUGAUCCGUCCCCGGCCCCCACGAACGCUGAACCUCAACCUGCUUCCGUGAUCUCGUCGACCUCCCCGCCUGCAAUGUCCGCCACGGACGCAAACACAUCAUCUGCCCGAAGAAUAGUUGUGCCUCGAAAGACAGUCAAGGGCGAAGACGAGUGUGCUUCUGCGGCGUUGCCUCCCAUGAUAGCGUCAACAAGGGUCACGUCUCCUCUUGUUGCCGUGGAUGAAGAACCGGCAAAGGAUUCCAUUGCAGCCCCCGUUCAGGGCAACAAACGGCGGUGCUGGACGUGCAAGAGCAAAAUUUCGCUGUCUGCUGUGACGUGCCGGUGCGGGUACACGUUUUGCAAUCGGCAUCGGUACGCGGAGGAGCACGACUGCUUGUUUAACUUUCGGCAACUGGCGAAACGCAAAUUGGAAGAGGAGAACCCUCGCAUUGUGCCGCUCAAGGUUGCACGGAUCAACUAGGCGACGAUGACCAACGCGUCCACCGUUAGGGAUAGUUAUGUAUUGCAGCCCCUAGUUGUUGCACCCCUCCACCUCUUGAAGUGAGUUUUAUAUUUAGAGUUCCAUCGCUUGAAGUUGUAUCCUCAGUAUCCCCCACCAAUUCUCUGCGAUGCUUCAUGUGGAAAGGAUGCCAAGCCACGAGAUGGCGGCGGCGGUCCAGAGGACUGCGCCAUCGCAUGCCCGAGGUCGAGUGGUAAUCUACUGGCGUCUGCGACAAGCCGUCGCGGGUGGUCCCCUGGGUUUUUUAACACGAGGUAAUUGGCUUGGUAAUUCCAAAGCGAAAAACCCGUCCGAAUUUCGAAGUACUCAUGUAUAAAACGUGUUGUAAAGACGCGUUUUUAUUUACCCGCUGCCGUAUCCCAACGUCGUGUCGAUGUGCUAUGUGUAAAAUGUCUCGAAUUGAAACCAAAAGGUCAAAUACCAGAGCUCACUGAUUAUUUAUUGAAGUAUACUUG